AUGGCAUACGUCGAGAGCUUCUACAUGGAUGCUAGUUUGGAGAGCGACGCCGACGUUCUUCCAGCAUCGGAGAGUGAUAUGUUUGAGGCACAAUUCAUUGCCGAUGUCCCACUCGACGGCGACGCGAUCAUUCGUAUCGUUGAUUCACAACUCGCUUUUGAGCAACGCAACCACGUUGUGUCGGACUAUUGCACCAUGAAGGCCGCGGAGCUCGAGAAGAACCCGAAUCAACUGACAAUGAACAGCUCAGUUAUGGACAAUCAGCAAUAUUUUGCCCCGCCAAAAAGUGAAUCGUCGCAAUAUGCAUGGAACACGAAUGAUGUUGUCUCUUCUCAUCAUCAAUAUGCUGCUCAGAGCCCAAACAUCUACACCAACGACUAUCACACCAGUGAACCAUCCGAUUAUGCCUAUAUAUAA